AUAACUUUUCGUUGACUAGAUUCAAAACAAUGAAUAAUACGUGCUGUUUUAUAAUUAUUGUUUAACAAUGAAAUCGUUUUAUCUUAUUUGAGAAACCUCGGAAGACUGAAGUCGUAAAGAAGGACGAUGGGAUUUCGGUUAUCCAAGAUGAAUCGUACACGGCAAUCGAACUAAGAAGAUUCUGACCGUGGUGAGAGAAGACAACGCUUUCCUUGUAUAUUAACUCACAGUCCGGUAUUCGUCUCUGCACGCUGACAUAAUUCGUAGUUCUAAGCUAUCGAGGGAACUUUCGCUUCGUCGAUGGAAGCUACGGGCACCCGGGCUCUUACAAAUUAUAUACAAGGAAUUGAACAAAUGUGUUGCAUGGGAAGAGCAUUUCUCGCCAUCAUUCACUAAUUUUAGUUUUCAGAUUUAUUACGGGUCGCUCGUCUAAAAGUAGGAUCGAGUUGUGUAUAGUUGCGGAUGAAUUGUUUACUUCGUUCAACUUAGCAAUUCAAUCGCGGCGUCGUUUUUUGCCGAUGACAAAUACUAUGGAUUGUUAUAAUACGAAAAUUAUUUGAAAUUUCCACGAAAAUAGGCGGCAGAACUCGUCGAGAACUCGAUGACCGCGGGUUGCUUCUGCUCGGAAUCCAUCAUUUAUCUGCAAUGAAGAAGAAGGCUUACUAUCGAGGAAGAGUUUCUCUACAAAACGUGUAAUUUAAACGGUCCCGUCAGUUAACAAAAAAGUUAUGCCCACUUUUGCAUUACUUUCGAUACAGCCCUCAUACUAAUUUUAUACGUUCCACAAAUAAAUUUUUCAGCCAUGUGUUCGUUGUUAUAUACUGUAGUGUAGUUAUGAUAGAUAUCGCGAAGUCGUCCAUUGCUUUCGAUUACAAAAAAUCGAAAAAACACCUAUAGACACUAAAUUAGGAACACGGGAAGUGGAACCUUCGAUUUCGACGUAACUAUGAUUUAUUUCGAAAUUGCUCUGUUACGUCCUAAACGAUUUGACUUUUGUGCAAAAUGAGUGUGCCGGAGAGAAGCAAAACACGAUUUCCACUACGAAUGCAAUUAAAGUAUUAUUAUUAUAUCAAAAAAUACUUUUUAAAAUUUAUAACACCUAGGUGUCUUUACAGAAAAAGCAGAAAAGUAUCUCGCAACAUCAUUACCACAGAAUAAAUAAAUAUAACUGUCUCGCAGCAUAAUUUUAUUUUAUAAGAAUGGGUUAGUAGACUGAUAAAUGAGUAAGGUUGCGGUAAUAGAUCUUCGGUACCUUUGACUCUAGAUCUCACCUUAUCAUAAAUUAGAUAGUACUAUCGAUGAAAAUGAGAAGAUUGCAAUUUGAGUUUUGUAUUUUAUAAUAGUAAUAAAUAUUAUAAACGAACGAGUUAGGGUGAGUGAAACUCUACACGUGUCAUUCGUAUGCAGAGUUAUACUCAUUCCAACUCUCGGCGGAAUUCUCACACUGGGUUGUCAUUCGUCGACGAAAGGCGAGCGAAGAGUUAUGUAUUUAACGACGCACAGAAAAGAAAUAUCGUACAAUCCUUUACAUUUUAUUUUUUCCCGAUUUAACGGACAUGUUGGAAGAAAGGAUUGGUCCUCUAUUGCCGAAAGUUCGUUGAAAAGGAAUGUACUGUAUUAUAAAUCGAAGGCCUGCUGUAAUUCUAUAUUGUUAUAGUAAAUAAAGUGGACAGUAUUUCUCGUUUACUUCAGAAUCGAUUGAUUUAAUCAGAGGUUAAUGAUCCAUUUUUAUCCAUUCAAUCGAUCAAUUAGCCGAUGUACUUUCUUGGAGUUCAAGGUCUCGUUCGGGUCAAAGAUUAAAAUGCUGACGAAAUGUCAGGCAAGAUGGCGACUUCCGAACAAAUCGAAAAGUUUAAUGAAAAUGGUUAUUUAGUUAUUCCCGAAUUUUUAAAUUCUGAGGAAGUUCAGUUAUUGAAAUCAGAAUGUUCAAAACUUAUAAAUGAAAUGAAUCCAUCAGAACACAAAUCUGUAUUUAUCACUGGAAAAAAUCAGAAAGGGGAAGAAUAUUUUUUAACAUCUGGUGAUAAAAUUAGAUAUUUCUUUGAAGAAGAUGCUAUAAAUGAAAAAGGAGAAUUUAUUGUAUCCAAAGAAGAUUCUCUAAAUAAAAUUGGGCAUGCAUUACAUUGGUGGAAUGAUGUUUUCAAAAAAAUUACUUUCAGCCAAAAAAUAAAAAACUUAAUUAAGAAUUUUGGAUUUAUCGAUCCUUUAGUAGUACAAAGCAUGUAUAUAUUUAAGAAUCCUAAAGUAGGAGGCAAAGUUGUUUGUCAUCAGGAUGCUACCUAUUUAUAUACUGACCCAGUUAAAUUAUUAGGUCUUUGGUUUCCAUUAGAAGAUACUACUUUAGAAAAUGGAUGCCUUUGGUUCCUACCUGGAUCUCAUAAAGGUGAAGUGUAUCAAAGAUAUAUUUGCAAUUCUACAACUGGUGCUUCUUUAAUUUCAACUUCUACAGCACCUAUUUACAAUGAAGAUGAAUUUGUUCCAGCUAUAGUCUCAAAAGGAUCCUGUGUUUUAAUACAUGGAAAAGUUAUUCAUAAAAGUGAAAAAAAUUUGUCAUCAAAACCUCGACCAGCCUAUACUUUCCAUAUAAUUGAAAAUCAUAACACAAUUUAUAGCAAAGAUAAUUGGUUACAACCUACAAGCAAUUUAGCAUUUCCAUCACUAUACAGAGAAGAUGUUUAAAUUGAUUAAGAUGUUCCUAUUUAAUCAGAAUGUUACAUCAUUUAUUUAGAAAUAUUAAUGUAAAAGUUUUCAUUAUAUAAAAUUUCUAAACUUCAAAUUUG